AUGGAUGAUUCCGAUGACGAGGAGAUAUAUAGGGCUAGAAUAAUAUUCCUAUUAAUUGUAUUAUUUGUGACAAUCGCUGCGGUUAUCCUAUCGGAAAGUCCCGUCCACUAUAGGGGACACAAAAUUGAUUACUGGAAUGAACCAUAUUUUAAAGACCCAUCAGAACCCGUAUUAAUACAAAUCAGUUCAACAGAAGUGGAGACACUAUUGAGAGAAGAGUUGACUCAAUUGAACAUCAAUUUCACGGUUUGUAUCGAAGACCUGCAAAAGGCUAUCGAAGAGGAAAGGGUUGAACACCAGAAACAUAGCAAUGAAACGGAGUUUAAUUUCAGUCGAUAUCAUACUUACGAUGAAAUUUUCGAUUAUUUGAAGACUGAUGUCAUUAAAAGUAAUUUUGUUAAUAUCGACUCAAUUGGCGAGUCUUUUGAAGGCAGAAAAAUACCGGUUAUUCGGAUCAGUAGUGAUCUGAAGGAUGAAUCAAAACCCAUAAUAAUAAUCGAUAGUUUGAUUCAUUCAAAGGAAUGGGUGACCGGCGCCACCACUCUCUUCAUUAUGAAUCAACUCAUAGCUAAUGAAUCGAUGAGAUAUUUGAUCGAUAACUUUGAAUUCAAUUUAAUACCCGUUUUCAAUCCGGACGGUUGGAGAACCGAUAGAUUGUGGCGAAAAAGUCGCUCAUUUUCUAUCACAUCAUUCUUAUGCCGUGGCGUUGAUCUCAAUCGCAAUUUUGAGAUCAACUUCGGCAGCGAUUCUACUGAGGAAUUGGGAAAAUUCUCUAUCCAUCCGAAGAACACAAUCAACAGUUGA